AUGGCGUACUCUCUUCUCACUUCUCUCAUCAUUUUCUGUCUCUUCUCCCUCUCCUCAUCUCUCCCAUCCCAAACAAUCCUCGACGCUGCAGAAAUCCUCUCUGAUUCGGGCUACGUCUCCAUGUCCCUCACCCUCGAACUCGUCUCUCAGACCCUACUUCCCAAAUCGCCGUCGGCCACCUUGUUCGCUGCUUCCGACGCCGCAUUUAUCGAAUCCGGUCAGCCUCCGCUCUCCCUACUCCAAUUCCAUUCCUCGCCCCUAGCUUUAUCUUUCGAAAGCCUCCGUUCGCUUCCCGUCGGAGCCAAGAUUCCGACGAUGUUCGCCAACCACUCGUUGAUAGUCACCAGUGCCGCUUCCGAUUCUCAAAUUUCGUUAAACAAUGUUAAUAUCACCUCGUCGCCUUUGUUCGAUGAUGGUUCUUUGAUCAUUUUUUGGGUGGAUAAGUUCUUCGAUCCGAAUUUCCCGGCUUUAGGCCUGACUCGAAGCCCUAGCCCUAAUACGGGAUGCACAGAUGAUGCAAUUGCUUCUUCAGGGUUUAGAGAUGGCACAAAGAUGACAGUUCUCGCCCCAGCUGAUGAAGUUAUGAUGGAUCGUGUUGGUAAUUUUAGCAACAUUUCAUCGUCAAUCUUUCUUCGGCAUGUUCUUCCAUGCAAGGUUUCAUGGUCUGAUCUGGUUAAUUUUGAUGAUGGGUCAAUGUUGCCGACAUCUUUGGAGGGCUUUACCAUUAACAUUACGAGAUCUGGUGAUACAUUGAAGCUGAACGAAGUUUCAGUUGCUUUUCCGGACAUGUAUUACAGUGAUUGGCUUGUUGUUCACGGUCUUGGGGAAGUUCUUACCUUGCUGGAGGGACCAGAACAAGCUGCAGACUCUUCUUCUCAAAUUUAA